AUGGCCAACUCCUGUUGUGGCUCUGUCUGCUCUGAGCAGGGCUGUGAUCAAAGUCCCUGCCAGGAGAGCUGCUGCCAGCCCACCUGCUGCCAGACUACUUGCUGCAGGACCACCUGCUGCCGCCCCAGCUGCUGUGUGUCCAGCUGCUGCAGGCCCAGCUGCCAGACUUCCUGCUGCCGCCCAGUCUGUUGCCAGACCAUCUGCCGCCCCAGCUGUGGAGUGUCUAGCUGUUGCCGCCCAGUGUGCUGUCAGACCACCUGUCGCCCCAGCUGUGGAGUGUCCAGCUGCUGCCGCCCAGUCUGCUGCCAGACCACCUGCUGUCAGUCCAGCUGCUGCCGCCCCAUCUGCUGCCAGACAACCUGCCGCCCCAGCUGCGGUGUGUCUAGCUGCUGCCGCCCAGUGUGCUGUCAGACCACCUGCCGCCCCAGCUGUGGUGUGUCUAGCUGCUGCCGCCCAGUGUGCUGCCAGACUACCUGCCGCCCCAGCUGUGGAGUGUCCAGCUGUUGCCGCCCAGUCUGCUGUCAGACCACCUGCUGCCGUACAACUUCCUGUGGCCCCUCUUGCUGA